AUGAGUAUGGCGACGCAUCAAGGUACUGCUGAAGAUACUGAGUUCAACGCGAUUCUUAGGGAAAAGGGCAUCCUUCCCCCCCUUCCUAAACCAACAGAGGCAACUCCUCCGCCAUCUCCUGAUAAGCAAAGGCGGGACCUUGUUCAAGAAAUGUCGUACAGCCAGCUAACAGAGGAACUAGAGGCUCUGGAAGAUCGUGGUGGUGUCAACCUGGAAGAGGAUAUGAAGUUUCUUGAACUCUACCGCCAGAAACGUCUAGAAGAGAUGCGUGAGGCUGUUCGGAAAGCGAAAUUUGGCUCUUACGGUGAGGUUACCAAGUGUGAUUGGAUACAAUCCGUGAGUAAUGCUGGUGAAGGCGUGAAUGUCGUGGUGCAUCUCGCACAAAAAGGGAAUAAAGCGUGUACGGUGGUCGACCAACACUUGCGAACGUUGGCUGCGCGUUACCCCACUGUCAAAUUUCUCCGUGGCGAGGCAUCCCUCUGUGUUCCCAAUUUCCCUGAUUCCAACAAUCUGCCCACAAUUAUUAUCUACUGUGAGGGAAACGUGAAAGCCCAAUAUGUUGGCAGUAGAGCUCUAGGUGGCUAUCCCUGCAGCAUCAGUGAUUUGGAAGAGCGGCUAGCUAAGGCGGGAGCGAUUUCUCUUGCUGAAAUGGAUGAGACAGAUGAUAACACCCGUGUGGAGCGGUCGAAUGGCGUCACUCGAAUUCGCGCCGGCGGCACAAGUCGCUACAGGCAAGCCAGCGACUCCGACAGUGACUAG